AUGUAUAGCCAUGCUUGUUCAGGUCAUAAGACGGGAGGUAAGGCCACAAAAAUUAAGGAGAAGAAUAAGGUGAAAGGUAACAAUGCUAAGGCCUUCACGUUCAAAUCAGCCGUCGCUGCCGGAAAAGCUGUUAGGAGGGCAGCAGAUAUAAAUGAGCGGAAGAAGCAUAUUUUGUUUAUGGAUAGAAAGCCUGUCGUUCCACCUCCGAUCAUUGUAGCAAUCGUUGGGCCCAGCAAAGUCGGAAAAACAACUCUGCUACGCGGUCUUGUAAAAUACUAUCUCAAGAGUGGUUUUGAAGAAUUGAAAGGUCCUGUUACGAUAGUUACGGGAAAGAAGCGUAGAGUGCAAUUUAUCGAAGUAAAAAAUGACAUAAAUCAUAUGAUAGAUAUGGCAAAAAUUGCUGAUUUGGUUUUGCUUAUGGUGGAUGCAUCGUACGGUUUUGAAAUGGAGACUUUUGAAUUUUUGAACAUAUGUCAAGUUCAUGGUAUGCCAAGAGUGCUUGGAGUCCUCAAUCAUCUGGACUGUUUGAAGGGAUUGAGUAAG